AAACAGUGUACUAACCAGUAGGCUUUAUUACUAAUGCCUCAGUGUCUACAUUCUUGUAUUGUUAAUUUUUAGUUUUGGUCUUUCUUUUUGAUCUAUCAAUCUAUCUAUGUCAGGGGUGUCAAACAUCUGUAACGCAAGCCAGGAGUGGCCCACCAAAGGGUCCAAUCCAGGCCCCUAGAUGAUUUUGCACAGCUAAUACCGAUGCACUUGUGAAGGCUAAGAGGUGCAGGUUUCUGGAGCAAGUUAAACAGUGCACUUAAUGUGAAAUGCAGCUUCACAGGCUUUUCCACCCUGACCAGAAUACAGCUCUCUGAAAUAACAAUAAAUACCUAUUGUGGUCAUAUUUAAAGACAAUGAAUAUUGUCCAAAAUAUUGUCAACCAGCAGCUUCAGUGCAAAAAAAAAAAUCUGUAAUAACAGCUUCUCACAAGCAGUUGUUGCCAUAGCUGCAGCUGUAGUAGAAAUAAAAGCAGAUGCAGUAGAAGCACUAUACGUAGUGGUAGUGGUAAUAUUAACACCAGAACAUGCAGUAAUAUCAGUAAUAUAUAGUAGCUGGAGCAGUACAGGCAGUAUUGAAAUAUCUGAGCACUUAACAAACUCCUGUCUCAUGUUACGCAUGCGCAACACGCCAUUGAAGGAAAUAGUGUGAGAAGUGCGUGAAGUGGGUCCGGACUUGACACGAAAUCUGAGAUUUGACUUGAUCCGCGCUCUACUUUGAAGGAUGUAACGCUACAGCCUGCAAACCUUGUUUUUGUGAGCAGCUGGUGAAAUUUAUGAAGAUAACCCAGACAGGAUCUGCACAGCCCACCGCUGUUCCCGUCGGCACGGUAACUUCGGACAGAGGCAGAGCUCUCCUGCUAGCUGCCACACCAGCUAACGCCAGAUCUCUUCACCCCUCCUCCUGAUGCUGAGAGGUCUGCGGUCCCACAUCUGUCCCAUCUGCAGCUGAACAGCUGUGAAGAUCGUCUCUGCUCCAGCCUCCUGAUUUAGUGAAACUGUCUCAACUACAUAAUAUCCUCAGAAGGCUUAGUGAGAGAUAAGUCAAGAUGUCCAUCACAAACACACCCACCAGCAACGAUGCCUGCCUGAGCAUUGUGCACAGCCUGAUGUGUCACAGACAGGGUGGCGAGAGCGAGACGUUCGCCAAGAGGGCCAUCGAGAGCCUGGUGAAAAAGCUGAAGGAGAAAAAAGACGAGCUCGACUCCCUCAUCACGGCUAUCACCACCAACGGGGCCCAUCCCAGCAAGUGUGUGACCAUUCAGAGGACGCUUGAUGGACGGCUGCAGGUGGCUGGACGUAAAGGCUUCCCCCAUGUAAUCUACGCCCGGCUGUGGCGGUGGCCUGACCUGCAUAAGAAUGAACUGAAACAUGUCAAAUACUGCCAGUUUGCCUUCGACCUCAAGUGUGACAACGUGUGUGUCAACCCCUAUCACUAUGAGAGAGUGGUGUCUCCUGGCAUAGACUUAUCAGGACUGACGCUGACCCCCUCUGGACCCAGCUCUGCGCUGAUGGUUAAGGAUGAGUAUGAUUUCGACGGACCACAGAGCCUGCCCUCCAUCGACGGAGGGCACUCCAUCCAGACCAUCCAGCACCCCCCAUCCGCUGGCCGUCCGGCCCCCUCUGAAUCAUUUGCAACCCCAAACCUGCUCCCGCCUGCGGAGGCCUCCACCUCUGGUUCAUCAUCAUCUUUCCCUGCCAUCGCUGCUGGAUCAGGCAGUGCCAGCUCAACCUGGUCCAGGAACAGCAGCUUCACCCCCAACAUACCCCACCACACCAACGGUCAUCUACAGCACCACCCUCCUAUGCCACACCCAACACACUACUGGCCGGUGCAUAAUGAGCUCGCCUUCCAGCCUCCUAUAUCCAAUCAUCCAGCUCCUGACUACUGGUGCUCCAUUGCCUAUUUUGAGAUGGACGUUCAAGUCGGGGAGACAUUCAAGGUGCCCUCUUCUUGCCCCAUUGUGACAGUGGACGGCUAUGUCGACCCCUCAGGAGGAGACCGCUUCUGUUUAGGCCAGCUCAGCAAUGUACAUCGCACUGAGGCUAUCGAGAGAGCAAGGCUUCACAUCGGUAAAGGGGUUCAGCUGGAAUGUAAGGGUGAGGGAGACGUGUGGGUGCGAUGCCUCAGUGACCACGCCGUGUUUGUUCAGAGUUACUACCUGGACCGAGAGGCGGGUCGAGCUCCUGGAGACGCUGUUCACAAAAUCUACCCCAGCGCUUACAUCAAGGUGUUUGACCUCCGUCAGUGCCACAGACAGAUGCAACAGCAGGCAGCUACGGCUCAAGCAGCAGCUGCAGCCCAGGCAGCCGCUGUGGCCGGAAACAUACCCGGACCUGGAUCAGUUGGAGGGAUAGCUCCAGCCAUUAGUCUGUCAGCGGCAGCCGGUAUCGGGGUAGAUGACCUCCGGAGGCUGUGUAUUCUCAGGAUGAGUUUUGUUAAGGGCUGGGGGCCCGACUACCCACGCCAGAGCAUCAAGGAGACCCCCUGCUGGAUCGAGAUCCACCUGCACAGAGCUCUACAGUUACUGGACGAGGUUCUGCACACUAUGCCUAUAGCGGACCCGCAGCCUCUGGACUGAGACCUGCGGCAUCGCACUGCGACUCAUACAGUGGCAAUUGAAAGUCUUCCUCAGUGAACUGUUUUGGGUGGAGGAGCCAGUGGAACAGGCGUGACACUGAAGCUCACCCACAUGAAAAAGUACUUUCAGGUGUUUGAGGCACCUUUGUGCACUGUGGCCCCGACUCUUGCUUCUUGAAGCAGGAGUGACACUAAAAUGAACCAAAGCCAUAUAUUAAAGAUAUAGGUGUCAUAUUUUUGAUAGAUGGCUUUGAUAUCUGAUGACUGGAAUGAUGAACUAUAGGACUAGGAAAGGCAUCACAAAUAACUACAGUUACAAAGCACCACGACGUGCACAUAGAUGACCUGCGGAUCCCAUGAAACUGGAAUGUACAGCGAUUACUCAGAGUCCACAACCGCCAACUACUGACAGAUAUUAGAGUCACUGAACAAUAACCGAACAUCUGAGAGCUGUGCUGCUGUGAGAUGGAUCAUAUCCAGUGUCUGGGCACCGCAGCACUGCUCGAAGAUCACCGCUCGACAUCACGCUGCCUCUCAGAUACUGAACAGGGCUGAGGACCACCCAGUUUGGAUCAGGUCAUACGAGACACUCACAACCAUCCACAGAUAUCACAGAGAAUGAAAUGACAUGCACCAUCCCUAAAGCCGACCCCUAACCUCUGAACUGAAACAAGGUCAAGGAUUCUUCUAGGUCAGGUAUUGUCAAAGUACGGGUUUGGACCUUAAAAACUGGUUGUGGGCUUGGUGUGCCCCCACCAUACAUGUUUCUAUUUUCCCUCUCACCUGUAGUGCUGUUUAUCAGCCUUGGUUGUUUUGGUGUGAGUUGCAGAGUGUUGGAGAUAUCGGCCGUAGAGAUGUCUGCCUUCUCUCCACUAUAAUGGAACUAUAUGGGGCCAGAGACAUGCUGCAGUUUCUGCGCCCUCAAAUUCAUUGUUUGUUUGUUUUGGGGUUUGUUUGUUUUUUAGAUAUUUUUUGGGGCAUUUUUUAGCCUUUAUUUGACAGGACAGACAAGUGUGAAAGGGGGAGAGAGGAAGUGACACGCUGAGCACCUAUUUUUUUAGGGUUCAACAGCUGUGCCCUGUGAUAAACUGAGUUCAAGUUUCAGGUAAACAGGCUAUGAUGUGUGUGUAAAGGUUGUUUUGCAACCUCAGGCGCAACCUGCCGCCACACUCUUGAAAGCUGGCUUAAAAAAGGCACAGAAGUAGCACCCAGCGCUCAACCUUGCGUUUUCUGGGCGGUGAAAGACAUGACCCCUAACACACUUGGCCUGUGGUGCUUAAAGCACUAAAUAAAAAUUCCCAGACCUUGUGAGCAGUUUAAUGUAGGAACUGUUUCUUUCUUCCUAACUGCACCCACCAACCAAAUCAACGUGCAGAAGGAAGUGUGCAUCUACUGCUAGCUCACCUAGCACCACUGAGCUAGCUAACAUUACAGCUCAGCCAGCUCAGUUGGGUAGAAAGAAAAUAGUUUCUAUCUAAAACUGCCCACAACAAGGUCUGUGGAUUAUCUUGAGUAACCGGGUCAUGAUUUCUGAGUUUUUCUAAUGCAUUUUGUGCCGAUUUUUAAGCAGCACAAGUCGAGUACCAUCUAGUUCCAUUAUAUUCAAGAGAAGGCAGACAUCUCUACAUGCGAUAUCUCCAACACUCGGCUCACACCAAAACAAUAAAUUGAUAAAUAGCACUACAGGUAAGAGGAAAAAUGUGUUUUUAAUUUUGGGGUGAACUGUCCCUUUGAACAAGAUUUCGGAGCAAAGAAAAAGCCCACAGUCGAGGUUUUGGACCAGACGAUAAAGUUCUUCUCCGGCAUAAUGACAGACAAAGUUGAACGGCCCAUUGAUGAUACAAUAUAUCUGUUUUUACUGACUUACUGUGAUUAUAUCAUUUCUUCACUGACUCAGAAAAAGUGAUCAUUUAUCACUGGUCACUUCCACCUGUUUCAGGUUACUAUUUUGGAAAAUGCCCUAUUUUAUGCUGCCACAAAGGAUGAAUCUCAUACGCCGCCUUCUGCAAACUCCUCACCAUUUGUCCCUUUCAUGCCGAGAGCAAAAAAGGAAACAGCGGUGAUGCUUUUGUUUCACAUGCAAUGGAAUUAAGAGAAGAAGGCAGACAGAUGGUGUUAGAUAUCUGAGAUUUGACCAUGGUACAAAGAACAGGGUUCAUCAAAGUUUCGGCAAGCCAAAGUACUUAAUACUCAGACACACACUGUAGGUCCAGUAUGAUCAUGUCAGCUGCCCCACUUUUUAUUUGGAAAUGCCUUUAAUUGAAUUUUAAAAGUGAUGAUAAUUAUUUGUAUUCAUUUAAAUUUGUAUGGAUUUUAAUCUCCAAGCAUACCCGACACAUCAUCCCCACUAUGAGAAUCAUUGUACUUAAAUAUCUUAUGACUUGCAGCCCACUUAUAUACGACUCGAUCCAGGUCUCUUGUGUGUAGUUUACUGACAGAGAGAAUUUAAGGCAGUUUCCCAGCAAUAUUGAUAUAUUUUCUUGAUUUUAUUUUUGUUACUUUUAUUAAUUGAUUUGUAUUAUAUUUUUAGCACUUUACUUUUUUUCUUGUUUUUAAUCCAAUAACCCUUAUUUUGAGGUGGUUGUCUUGCGAUAUGAAUAAGGGAGUGAAUAGUUUUAUGUAGGAUUGUGAGCAGAGGCGACUUUGUGAUGCAUUUGUAUGGAGAACAUUUGUAACACUAAGGCAUCUUUUUAAAAUCUGUUUUUGCCCUUUCACUCUCAAUAGGCAUUUAGACAAAUCUGUAGGGUUUCUUUCGGCUGUUCUGAGUUGCAGUCUUUUUUUGAUUUGCAGUUUUUUUUCCUUUUUAAUCCAUGUAAAUAACUUUUGUUUCUGAACUGCAUGUCAAUGUUUGCAUGAAUUUUAAUGGCAAAGAGACCCCUUUAUCUCUGACCCCCCUUUUUAAAAUAGGUUACUUCACUUGCCCCGCAUUACACAGGAAAAGUGGAUUAUCAGAGGAGAGUAGAAACCAGCACCCGCUGUGUACUGGUGUGUGUUAACCAGCAUAAAAGGCAAACAGAUAAAAGCUACAGAGUAACAACUAAUGUAAAUGAUCCAAUUUAAUUAUAUAAACUCAACUUUUUAGCAGCCAGGUUCGUAAAGAAGGCAACUUUCCUUCUGAGACCUAAUGUGUUACAGUAUAUAGAUACAGUAACGCCUCCAGUUAUUAGUGUGCAGAGAAACAGAUAAACAGAUAAAGGUAGACCGACACACAGAAAUAAUUUGAUUUCAACAUGAGUCCCCUCGUCUCCCCCCUGCGCUGCCUGGGAUACUUUCUAUUUCUGUUUUUAAAGGCAUUUGUUGGGACAUCUCUGUAACAUCAGUAACCUUUAAAUUUAAGUGUACAUUAAAGGCCCAGUGUGUAAGAUAUAUGGGGACUUUGGUUGUAUCUAGAGGUGAGGAUUGCAGAUUGCAACCACCUGAAGCUUCUCCAAGUUAGAUUUCCUUCAGUGCUGAUCGUACAAAAGGUUUUUACCCUGAGCUGAAUUGUCUCCUCCUCUCCAAAACAAGCGGACCAGCGUGAAAACACUGAUUUAAGUAGUUUCACGUCUGUGUUUCAGAUGGCCCACUUGCCUAGCACCUGCUAAUGUGUGCCUACCUAUUGUCUCUGAUAUCUUAAAGCGUGCUCACUUUAUUUCUGAUUCAGACGUUCAGGAGGUUUUUACUGUGAGCUGAAUUAUCCGCAGAGGUCUCUUCCUCUCCAAAACAAAUGACAGUUUCAAGUUAAAAAUUAAGUGUUUUCCUGACACUCUUUUCAUGGACGGUGGCUGACACAGAAACACGAAGCACCCGAUCUAGAGCUAGUGUUUGGUUUGUCCGUUCUGGGCUACUGUAGAAACAUGGCGGUGCAACACGGUGAGGACCUGCUUUCUAUAUAGAUACAAACGGCUCAUUCUGAGGCAAAGAAAACACGAUGAUUCUUAUAUUCAGGUGAUUAGACACUAAAGAAAACGGUUAUUAUAUUCCAUUUCUGCCCCUAAAUCCUGCACACUGGGCCUUUAAGACUUCACUUUGCAAUGACUAACAUAGUUUUAAAAUCACUUUUUAAAUUGGCAGUAGAUUUGAGGCUGGCACGGGUUACCAUGGCAAUUCAUCUCUCGGGAAGUGACGUGGUAAUUAAAUUUAAGUGCAUCCGAAAAUAUACAUACCACUGUUUAUAAACACAAAGGUAUGUUGAAGAAUAGCACACAUUUUGCCAUCCAGUCGAGUGAUCAAAUCUAAGCCAGCGGGUUGCUUUCUCUCUCCUCUGUCCCAUCUGUAAUUAUCUCACUUUAAUUUGAAACACAUUGUCUAAAAAUAUUUGUUUAACAUCAGGGAUUAAGACUCAAACUUUAGAUUUUAUUCACAUAAUUAUGCAUUCUAUCGAUCGAAUGGCAGCAAACAAGAUAUUUUAUGAUUCUGUGUUACUGAAAGAACUGAUGCUGAAUUCUGUCUGAAGAAAUAACCUGUUAUGUUCUGUUGUGCUUUACGGUUGAACAAAUGUUUUUAUAUCACUUGCAGUUAUAGAAGCCUGAAGACACGGCUCCAGUGAGCUGAUGUUGACUACUAUGACAGAGUGCAGAGACAAAUUUUACCUGUAUUUCUUAUGUGAGAGUCUAUAAUUAAACAUGGCCUGAUAUUCUCUAAGUGGUGACCUGGUUAUUUUCUAAACAAAGUCAACAUGUUUAUUAGGAUACGAUUCAAACACUGUUGUAUUCACUACUUUUUAACUUGAUUCCUGCUCACGCUGAAGUAGUGGGAUUUACGUAGGUCAGUUUACCAGUCAGCCUCCCUCACAGCAGACAUCUUGACAUGUCAAUGCAGGAAAAGCUCAGCUGCUUGAAUGACAAUGAAUGAUGGCUGGAUUCCACCCAGAUGGAUUACUGGUACACUUGUGUUUCGAAUGUGCUUUACCUGCUAUAACAUGUCAUGUUGUCUACACUGUAAAAGGUCUAUAGGGAUGAUAAAGGUGUGAGUCGUCUUGCCUUGACAAGCACAACAAUCACGCAGCCUGAGCAGGUGUAAUCUGAAGGCCAACAGGAAAUCUCCAGCUGCAGAAUUACCACUCAAGUUUCUCUUACAGUUUACAUCCAUGUCUAAUAUUUGGGGAUGUGGUUUGACAAGAACCUUAUGUGGUCGACCGAUAUAGAGAAAAUUACUGGAAAAUGUAAGAAAGUACAGAAUAUUUUGAGAUGUUUGAGGGGCCGAGACUGGGGAGUGGGUAGGCAGUCCUUGGAAACUGUAUACACUGGGUUGAUCAGGGCUUUCAUUGA